AUGGCUGCCGCGCAGCGAAACUUUCUGGCCGCCCGAGCGAAGGGCCACCAACGCAUUCCACGACCAGCGAACGCGUUGGAGCAGUUUGCACUCCCUGGGCGACGACGUUGCCUUGUACACUGGGAGGUCGCCGAUAUCGCACUUUCGGUCUCUUUUGCAAAGUACAUGGACCGGUCUAAGCGUGUCUCGGUGACGCUGGCCGAGAUAUUGCGUCACGCUUACCCAAACGUGCCGUGCCUGGCGACCAAAGACCGUCUUUUGCCUGCGGCGUUACCGGCCCGCCGUGGAGCCCAGAGAAGAGAGGGUCAAAUGAGUACAGCCGCCAGAACGGGGCAUCCGAAUUUCCCCGGGUCCGCAGUUCCACCUCCCCGCUGCUGCCGCUGCCGCUGCUGCUGCUGCUGCGCUGCUGCUGCUGCUGCUGCGUCUGCACAAUGUGUGCCGCGCUUGGCCUCACGCUGGGCGUCUGCUGCGGAAUAUGACGCGGUCGUCGAUGUGCCUUUUUGUCUUGCUUUAUUUAGUUCCUGUUGUUGUUUUUCUUCCCCCCUCUGUGUACUCAAUGUACCGCGUGUGUGCCAUUCGGUGCAGGGUUUGUGGAUUCAUGUUUGCUGUUCUUUUGUGGUCACUUUCUGGGCGCCGGCGCUGCUGUGCGGAGCUGCGGUGGAAAAAAGUCGCGGCGGGGCAUCGCUUUCUCUUUUCUCUCUGCCUCGGGUGGUGGUGAAGGGGCUUCGGCCGGGUAGCUGA